AUGACAAAACGCAACAUCCUCCUCAUGAUAGCCGACGACCUAGGCAAACAACUAGGCUGCUACGGAAAUACGGCAAUUCAAACUCCAAAUCUAGACCAACUAGCAAGCGAAGGGACAAAAUUCACCCAAGCCUUCACCUCAACAGCCUCCUGCAGCGCUAGCCGCUCAGUAAUCUACACAGGUCUACACACACACCAGAACGGCCAAUACGGCCUACACAAUGGACGCCACCAUUUCACGACCUUCGACCACGUCGAAACCGCCCCAGCACUCUUCUCAGAGCAGGACUAUGCAACCGGGCUAAUUGGCAAAGUGCAUGUUGGUCCUUCGGGCGUUUAUCCGUGGGAUAUGCGUGCUGAGAGUGAUAGUCGGGAUGUGGCACUAGUUGCAGAUCAGGCUUCGGCGUUUUUCAAGAAGAGUGCUGAUGAGAAGCAGCCCUUCUUUUUGACUAUUGGAUUUAUUGAUCCGCAUCGUGAUUUGACGAGGUCGGGCUUUGGGAAUCAGGAGACUUAUGAUUCGCGUGUUGAGAGAGUUGAGUAUAAACCAGAGGAUGUGGAUAUUCCUUCUUUUGUGAAUGAUUUGCCAGGUGUUAGAUAUGAGUUUGCAGAGUAUUAUCAGUCUAUCUCUAGACUUGAUCAGGGUGUUGGUAUGGUGUUGGAUGGAUUGAAGGCGUCCGGGCUGGCAGAUGAUACACUUGUUCUCUUUAUGAGUGAUAACGGUCCACCAUUCAUCAAUUCCAAGACGACUCUUUACGACGCCGGCGUUAGCUUGCCGUUGAUCAUGAAAUGUCCCGGGUUAACUGCUGGCACUGUCAACCCGAAUAUGGUCUCCUACAUCGAUAUUCUGCCUACACUCCUCGAUUGGGCUAAGCACCCCAGCCCAUCCCACCCAGCCAGAACAGGCCGUUCGAUCUUACCAGUUUUGAGCGAAACAACCGAACUCGAGAACUGGAGUCAGAUUUUCGGCUCGCACACUUUCCACGAAGUAACAAACUACUGGCCAACACGUAUGAUGCGUAACGGACGGUAUAAAUACCACCGCAACAUCGCCUGGCGUCUUGAUUUCCCCUUCGCAGCUGAUAUCUACGGAUCACUGACAUGGGAGGAAAUCCGCAAUGCAGAGAACAACCCGAAAAUGAUCGGGUCGAGACAGUUGAAGGAUUAUUUCUUCCGGCCUGUGGAGGAAUUAUAUGAUAUCCAGGCUGACCCGGAUGAGGUGCGGAACCUUGCCGGUGAAGCUCGGUAUCAAUCUGUUCUUGAGGAGAUGAGGGCUACUGUGGAGAAGUGGCAGCGCAGGACGGAGGAUGCGUGGUUGUAUCGGGAUGGCGUUUCUUUGCUUUUUAUUAGGCAUCAUCUUGGGGGUGGACUUAAUGUACCUGAUAGGUGGGAUUUCGACGUUGAAAGGCCUGAGAGUAAGGGAGUUACUUCUUUUGCUGGGGAUUUGCCUUGGGGGACAGAUGUUCAUAUGUGA